AUGUGGGAUCCAAGGCAAGCAGUCACGAAAGGAAAUUUUUUUCGCACCUUUUCACAUGAUGGCUCGAAUGCUAACAGCAAGGCAGUGGAAACCAGAGAAGAAGUGGUGGAGCGCCAGGGAGAUCUUGAGCGCACAGGCUUUCGUCCUCUACGCCAGUCGAUCCAGGAUCCUUGGACGCCGGAGGAGCUUCACAGGCUCAACCUCUUGCUGGAAGGCGAUGGCGAUGUGGUAAAUCUGGAGCUUGUGAGGCGGCGGUGGCAGCGUGACAUUCCAGAGGCGGCCUCGAGAGCCAGAGCCGCCAGAGCAGCAAGCAUCGAUGUGGAUUCGUACUACCGUCACGACCACCGUCCCAACUCGGGCUAUAGACGGAUCUCGGCUAGAGGGUCCAGGUUGCCGGUGGAGCUCACUCAUCCUCGAUACUCCACGCGUUGGGCGGAAGCGUCUCAAGCUCUACGCUCGUGGCUGAGGAAGAAGAGGUAUGAUCCCAGUGUCAUGAACGAGCUGGUGGAUCAAGUGAGUGCUCCUAUCGUCAAGGUUCUCAAUUCAUCAGCAACAGGCUCUAGCGGGCGAUUCCGGCAGUGUGCUGUGGUUGGAAACAGCGGCAUCCUUCUCAACACCAGGUAUGGAUCUUUCAUCGACAGCCACGAAGCAGUGUUGAGGCUCAACAAUGCCAGAGUCACAGGUUUCGAGCAGCACGUUGGAUCAAAGACGACGCUCUCCUUCAUCAACAGCAACGUUCUAGCUCUGUGCUCUCGACGUCCGGGUUGCAAUUGCCAUCCAUAUGGAUCCAGCGUCGCCACCGUCGUCUAUAUGUGCCAGGCUCUACACUUCGUCCACCUCAAGCUCUGUGGCUCUCUCAUGACCGAUAUGCCGCUGCUCGUCACUGAUCCCAGAUUCGAUGCUCUGUGCAUGAGAAUUGUCAAGUACUACUCGCUCAAGAAGUUCUUCCAGAGCUCCGGCGCUGCUGCUUCGGCCAGCGACUCGAUCGAGCACUGGAAACGCAUGCACGACGGCUCAUUCUUCCACUACUCGUCUGGGAUGCAAGCGGUGAUGCUUGCGCUGGGGAUAUGCGACAGUGUGAAUAUUUUCGGAUUCGGGAAAGCUGCCACCGCCAAACAUCACUAUCACACAAACCAGAGAGGAGAGCUCAACCUUCACGACUACGCGGCAGAGUAUACACUCUACCAGGAUCUCGCCAACAACAAGUCCAAUCCUUUUCUAGACGAGGCCUCUGGAUUCAAGUUACCGGCCGUCAGGGUUUUCACAUAGAUAGAUAGAGUCGAGUCACCAGGU